UGUAAUUUUCAUGGAGAAAGGACAGUAGAGAGAGAGAGAGAGAGAGAGAGAGAGAGAGAGAGAGAGAGGAGAGAGAGAAGUGCAGCCAUUCACAAGCCACCAGUUCUCGGAAGAGCUUCUUCCGUUCCCCAGUUAUGGAGACAAAUUGCCAAAGCAAUGGCAUAAUGUGGUUCUUCAAAGACAGAGGCUUCGACGAUAAAAGCAUACAAGAAAUGUCGAAGAAAUGCAAGCGCCUCGAAGACGUCAAUCGAGAGAAAGCCUCCGAGAAUUGGGAUUACCUGAAAAGCAUCGGCAUACAAGAGAGAAAACUCCCAACAAUACUCGGGAAAUGCCCCAAAAUCCUAACCCUCGAUCUGCACGAGAAACUCGUGCCAAUGGUCAACUGCCUCACAUCACUCGAGACGAAACCUAAAGAAGUAGCUUCCGCCAUAACGAAAUUCCCACACAUACUCCUUCACAGCCUCGAAGAGAAACUCUGCCCGCUUCUCGCGUUCUUCGAAGCUCUAGGCGCACCCGAGAAACAAUUAGGCAAAAUGAUACUCUUAAACCCUAGAAUCGUUAGUUACAGCAUCGAAACAAAGCUUUCGAAGAUAGUUGACUUUCUUGCUGACAUGGGUUUGACCAAAGAUGGGGGUGCGAUCGGUAGAGUUAUGGUGAAGCAUCCGUUCAUUAUGGGUUAUAGUGUCGAAAAACGGCUUCGCCCCACUUUGGAGUUUUUGAAGUCGUUGGGUUUAACGGAAAAUCAGUUAAAAGGGGUGGCGAUGAACUUUCCGGAAGUUUUGUGUAGGGAUGUGGAGAAAAUUCUUAAACCAAACGCCGAGUACCUUAAAUCGUGUGGGUUUGAUUCUGGACAGGUGGCGGCUUUGGUGGGCGGUUAUCCACCGGUUUUGAUUAAGAGUGCGAGUAAUUCUUUAGGGCCGAGGAUUCGGUUCUUGAAAGAGGUGAUGGGAAGGGGAAUCGAUGAGGUGGCUGAAUAUCCGGAUUUCUUUAGGCAUGGUUUGAAGAAGAGAUUGGAGUCGAGGCAGAAAAUGUUGAAACGGAAAGAUGUACGUUGUAGCUUGAGCGAAAUGUUCGACUGUAACCACGGGAAGUUUCUGUUGAAAUUCAGUAUCGUCUAGUAAUCUUUUUCGAGUUUUUUUUGAAAUUUAUUUAUUGUUGUUCUCUGGGUUAGAUUUGAUUUGAGUAUUGUUUUGGCAGAACUAAGUUCAAUGAGAGAUGGAGUAGGAGGCAGAGUUGUUAAACUUUGUAAUGUGUAUUACUCUAGAUUGAUGAGGUACAGCAAUGUUUGUAAGCACUUGUUUAAAGUUUUUUUCUUUUUAUUAU